UGUACUCCAGAAAUAUCUAAUAAUUAUUUCUCUCUACCUGGCCCUGCUCUAUCUAUCCUCUCUUUGAGGAGGAAAAAUGCCUACUACAUGCCUCCCUUCCUGCACACCAUUACCAACUGCUUCUUUCACUGUUAGAAAAAACUUAUUAACCCAAAGAUCAUUCAAUACCUUUCCUCCAAAUUCCAGGAAAGUACGCGACAGUUCACUGACAUGCAGAGCUUCUUCUUCUUCUUCAAUUACAGAUUUCGAUCUUUAUGAUCUUCUAGGAAUUGAUAGCUCCUCCGAUCAAUCGCAGAUAAAAACGGCCUAUCGGACACUGCAGAAGCGGUGCCAUCCGGACAUAGCCGGGCCGACGGGACAUGACAUGGCUAUUAUACUUAAUGAAGCUUACUCUGUUCUCUCUGAUCCGAAUUCGCGUUUGGCUUAUGAUAAGGAACAAGCAAAGAUUGCUGAAUUGCGUGGGUACACUGGGAAACCAAUAUACUCAGCAUGGUUUGGAUCUGAAAGUGAAGAGAGAGCAGUGUUUGUGGAUGAAGUGAAAUGUGUUGGUUGCUUAAAAUGUGCUUUAUUUGCAGACAGAACAUUUGCCAUUGAAUCAGUUUAUGGAAGAGCAAGAGUUGUUGCUCAGUGGGCUGAUCCUGAGCACAGAAUUCAAGCAGCCAUAGAUUCCUGUCCAGUUGAUUGUAUCUCAAUGGUGGAAAGGGAAGAUUUAGCAGCAUUAGAGUUCUUAAUGUCAAAGCAGCCACGAGGUAAUGUGCGAGUCGGUGCAAGCAAUGCUGUGGGUGGACGUGUCUCUAACAUAUUCGUCGAUGUGAAAAAAUUUCAAAAUAGAGCUGUUGAGGCCAUCAACAAAGCAAAUGCUGAGAGCUCCAAGGAAACAGAUCUACAAAGAGAAGCCAGACUAUCAGCUAUUCAAGCAAUCAGAUCAAUCUCAAAUUGGUUAUACUGGCAAUCACCAAAAUCUACAUCAGAACCUCGUCAAAACCUCCCACAGAUUACCCAAAAGUCGUCUGAACCAAACAUUAACAAGCUCCGACAGGCUGCUGCAGCAAGAAAACAAGCAGUACACAACUUAAGACCUGUUCAUCAAACCACAUCAAAUUACAUACACCACGAUGAAUACUGGAUUCCUUCGGCUGGAGCACUUCCGGCAUCUAUCAAUAAGUCUGGCUUUCAAGCUACUGUAAAAGCUUCGCGUACUAAACAGCGAAAAUAUCUGAAUAAGGAAGAUCAUAGAAUAGAAGAGAACCAGAAGAACCCCACUAGACGGAGAAUCCCAAUGGUAGCCGCUGCAAUUGCAGCGAUUAUAGUACAUUUGCAAGUAAGGGAGCAAGCCAUUGGCAGAUUAAAUGAACAUAUAGGUGGUGAUUUCGCGUUGGCGAUUGUUAAUAGCUCCUGGUUACAAGUUACAUUGGCAGGGAUUACAUGGUAUUUAAUUGGCAUAGCAAUUAUAGAGCUGGUGGACGCCUUUCGUAAAAGGUUAUAACAGAAGAAAUACACAAAUAUUGAUUAUAAACUGAAAUAUAAUAAUGUAAAAUGCAUAUAGCUAGUCUUUAAUAAUUUGUAAUAAAUUAGCAAUAAUUAUGUCUAUCUUAAUAUUCAUACUAAAAAUACAUUUGGUUGUAUUAUAUUAUAUUAUGUUCCAUUACCA